GCUGGGUUUGAUGGGCUUUCCUUCUCUUUCAAGUCUGUUUUCAUAUAGGAUGCUGGCGGCAUCAUUGCUAGGGAGUGUUUUCAGCAGUCGGUGUGUAGGCUUGCAGGUUUGUCUGUAAAGUUAGCGAGCACGCACAGUGGAGCAUAUUUCUACGUAGGGGACUCAGCAGCUGCAGUCCUACAGAGUGAAUGGUGCUUGCUGCUAACUCAGCAAACCACAGGACUCAACAGGAAGAAAGCGGUGGUCUUUCAGCUGUAAGUAGUUAGUCGCAGAAGGAACCCUGCGCUGCCUGUUAAAAGAUUCAUUGUAUGCUGAAUCGCAGCUGACCUCACCUCAGUGGCAUCAUGGCUUUAGAAGUGGAGCAGAAAGCAAGCAAACUGACUUUUGGAUUUCAGCGUAGUUCAACAUCAGAUGAUGAUUCUGGUUGCGUUUUGGAAGAGUAUGCAUGGGUUCCACCUGGCCUAAAGCCGGAACAGGUACAGCUGUAUUUUUCAUGCCUGCCAGAAGACAAGGUCCCUUAUGUCAACAGUCCUGGAGAGAAACACAGAAUUAAGCAGCUCCUGUAUCAGCUACCACCCCAUGAUAAUGAGGUGCGUUACUGCCAAUCUCUGAGUGAGGAAGAAAGGAAGGAAUUGCAGCUCUUCAGUGCUCAGAGGAAGAAAGAUGCACUGGGUAGAGGAACUAUCAAACAGCUGCCAAGAGUCCAAAUGCAUACUGCUUGUGAGCAGUGUGAGGAGAAGGUAAAAGGAGGUGAAGUUGCAAUAUUCGCCUCCAGAGCUGGUUCUGCCGUUUGUUGGCACCCUGCAUGCUUUAUCUGCUCAACCUGCCAGGAGCUCCUUGUUGACCUCAUCUACUUUUACCAAGACCAGAAAAUUCACUGCGGCAGGCAUCACGCUGAACUCCUGAAACCCCGCUGCUCAGCCUGUGAUGAGAUUAUUUUUGCCGAUGAAUGCACAGAAGCUGAAGGCCGUCACUGGCACAUGAAGCACUUCUGCUGUUUUGAAUGUGAAACUGUUCUGGGUGGCCAAAGAUAUAUUAUGAAGGAUGGGCGCCCAUACUGUUGUGGUUGCUUCGAGAGUCUAUACGCAGAAUAUUGCGAAGCAUGUGGGGAUCAUAUCGGAGUUGACCAUGCACAGAUGACGUACGAUGGGCAACAUUGGCAUGCCACCGACCAAUGCUUUUGCUGUGCCCAGUGCAGGGCUUCGCUUCUGGGAUGCCCUUUCCUCCCAAAACAAGGUCAGAUUUUCUGUUCGAAAUCCUGCAGCCUGGGUGAAGACGUCCAUGCCUCGGACUCCUCCGACUCUGCGUUCCAAUCCGCGCGGUCAAGAGAGUCUAGGAGGAGUGUGCGACUGGGAAAAAGCAGCAAGUCGGCAGACCAGUGCAGGCAGUCGUUGCUGCUUUCGCCUGCUGUCAAUUACAAAUGCCCCGACCCCUCUGGCAGGAGCGACGACCCGUUAUCUCAGCAAAUGGAUGCCCUCAGCCUCGGCAGCCCAGCUGCGAGUCUCAGCAACAAUCGUUUUUGGAACGGCCGGGUCGAGGCUGACGCAGCUGAGGAACAUGAAGAGUGGGCCGAGCACGACGACUACAUGACCCAGCUACUGCUUAAGUUUGGCAACCGGGGCAUCUUUCAGCAGUUCAGCGAAGACGCCAAGCACUGGAUAUCAGACAGCGAAGCCAAAAGUAAGAUGGAACUGAAUGGCCGUAAUGGUCAGGGCCUGGUAAGUACGAAGUAUGAAUCCAACAUGUACUGGGCACAAUCCCAGGAUAAUCUAGGAGACUCCGCCUAUGGGAGCCACCCAGGACCUGCCAGCAGUCGCAAGAUUCAAGAACUUGACAUUGAUGAUGGUGCAGUGGCCUACAAUCAUGACCAAAACCAGUGGUACGAAGAUUCGCUGGAAUGCCUCACGAAUGAGUUAAAGCCAGUUGAACAAAGUGUUCGAGAUUCUGUGGACUCUUUAGCCCUGUCUAAUAUCACAGGCGCUUCGGUAGAUGGAGAUAACCAGCAACGGUCGUCCGUAUUUGGUCUCCAGGAUUUCCAAGAAAUUGAGAAUGACUGUGAGAAAAUGAGUAACAUGGGGACAAUGAACUCCUCAAUGCGCCACCGCAGCACGGAAUCCCUGAAGAGUUUGACCUCUGAUCUCUGUCAGGUCAUGGCACCAGAAGAGAAGCAAAAGCCCAUCUGCAACCCAAUGCUAAGAAGGUCAAAGUCUCAGUCAAGGCCCCAGCAGGUUAAGUUUUCUGAUGACGUCAUUGACAACAGGAGUUACGAGGAGGUCGGAAUCCGGCAGCCUCCAAUGAGCGAGAGAACCCGUCGGCGUGCGUACAAUUUUGACGGCCACAGCGAUAGGCGCCAUCACCGCCGGCGCAGGAGCAGGAAGUCCCGUUCUGACAAUGCCCUCCAUCUGGUGACGGAGAGGAGGAGUCCACGAGAAAGGCCUUGUGUGUACUCUCCGGAGGAUUGUGAAAAAUUAACCCAAGCCCAAAUCUCACAGCAAAGACAAGCAUACAUUCAAAGCCAGGAAUUGUACGGGCAGUACAGUCAUAACUCGGACUACGCCCUCCAGAACCGAGUCGUGGACAAAUUUCUUGGCUUGUAUGCUGAGGAUGAUGACUCCUGGUGCUCAACCUGCUCCUCUUCCUCCUCUGAUUCAGAAGAAGAAGGUUAUUUCCUUGGGCAACCGAUCCCACAGCCCAGGGCGCAACGAUACCUGUAUUAUACGGAUGAUCUUGCAGGGCCGUCAUCAGUGCUACCGAGUUCUGGUGUUGGAUCACGGACCACCAAAUCCAAAAAGAAAAAGGGGCACAAAGGGAAAAAUUGCAUCAUUUCCUAGGACAGAUUUAGCAUGAACCAAAUCUGCAAGGAGCCUUUCCAGCUUGCUACUCUGUGAAUUCAGAUGGUGUCACUAAAUGUCUAGUGGAAGCAACCUAUAAGUUCAUUUGAAACUACAGAACAUCCAGAGACAAAGUUUGUUGGUGUUGAAACUGCUACUAUUGUACUUUAAGGCCAAGUGUGACUGACACAGCACAUGUGGAUAAACACACUAUUAUUUACGCUUGUAGCAGUGCACUCAUUUCUGUAUUUUCAUGUACUACCUACUAAUAAGCAGCGGAGUGGGUAACAUCCCUGUCUGUUAGCCGGAGUGUCCAGGUUUGUGCCCCAUUUCAGGACUUGAUGGUCAAGGAAGGUGCAUACAUUAUGUCACAAAACAGGUUGGUUAUGAAUGGCAAAUUCUUCCCAUGCCAACACAGGCAGUAACAACUGGAAAGAUACUUGGUGAGCCACAUUUUAGGAAAAGAAACAUUGUACUGUCACUGUCCGUAGUGAUACAUAGAUACAUAGAACAUGUAUGUAAAAGGCGACGUUGCAACAGCAGCUCAGACCCCCACCCCCAUCUCCGAGCAAACACCAUAUAAUUCUUCAGUCAACCAGUACAACAUGGAACUUCAUACUGCUGAGUUUACACUUUGAGAAAGUUUUAACUGGUCUUAACAGCUUUUAACUUUGUAACCAUUUUAAUAUGUCUUUAUUGGUGCUUUUAUAAUAAUGUUAAAUGUUCAUUUAUAUUAAGGUAUUUGCAAUGAGUAUGUAAAGCAAAGCAAAAGUUGCUGAAUGAUCAGUGGGCAAUAAUGAAAGCCAGGCUGGAGACUAAGUGGGUGCAAAUCUGCUUCCCAAUUUUGAAUAUUCCAAGCAUUAAAGUAGCUGCAAUGCGUACUUUCAAAGAAAAAUGUUGGUAUUUAAAAUGUAGGAUUUAGUAACUAAAGUUAAUCAUAAUUUAACAGUGCAAAUACUGUAUAUAUUGUACAGUUCAGAUGAAGAACUGAUAUUUUUAUAUAUCCCUGAAUUACAAAACAAGUCAUUUAUCUUUGGUUGUAAGAAAUAGAUGUAAUGAAGUAAUUGGCAACAUCAAAUUUGUUUUCUUAAUGACUUCUUGUCAAGUAACAAUUUAGCUUUUAGUCUUUAGGCCUCUGUGUGUGUGUGUGUGUGUGUGUGUGUGUGUGUGUGUGUGUGUGCGCGCGCAUAUGUUUAUGCUUCUUCUAUAUACAGCAGACAUUGCCCCUCGUCUUUUUGUCAAAAUUAAAUUCUUGCCGGGGUCAUCAGACUGCAGAGUAUUAAUAGUCCUGCCCAGUUGCAGAACCAGGUGUCCUUGCUGUGUUACAAGAGCUCAUUGUGAAUCAGAUAAUGUAAAGGAAUAUCAAACUGAUGUAUAAAUGUAAAAACUGGAACAUGUAGAUGAAUAAAAUUAAUAAAAAUGU